CAUCAUCCCUAUCAUCCCCAUCAUCUCAUCAUCACUUCUUCCCCUCAUUGCGCUCAUCCUCCCGAAGACUCUGCCAAUGUAGCAAAUUCUGAUGCUCCACUACCUUCACUUCCAUCAACAAAAAUCUUAAACUUUCUCUGCGCAUCCUUGCUUUUUCAGUUCAAUGGUUCCCGGCACGGUUUCCUCCCAUACAGGCAGUGCAUUUAACAAGUGUCUUAAUACACAACACAUGGGUGUAUUCGCUUCUCAGCAGUGGAUCACGUCGCUCCGAAAAGAAAAAACCAAAAAAAAAAAAAAAAAAAGAAGGCAUGGGCUGGCCGACAAGCUGUCGUCGUAUGAUGGAUUGAAUGUGUAUAUUAUAUGGGGGCAAGGGCAGGUGUCGUUGAACAAGUCCCCAGUCAGAGUACGUCGAGAGGCUGUUGGGUUAUAGCGAGUGCAUCUAAAUUUUAUCAUGUCUUCUACAUUCAUCUGCCGGAUAGGAAGCUUCUAAAGAAGGCAAACCCUGUCAAAGUCGGACAAGUCUUGAGGUGGUCGCUAUCUUAUUAAACCUCUACAUGUUGUUGUAUUGAAUCCCACGUGUGCAUUAUUGAUGGAAAUGACUCAUACGACACACGAGUCCCUAGUUUCCAACCCAACUCAAAACUAGUCUUGCUUUUACCUUGCAUCCUAAGCACCAUAUCAUAUAUAGUUUUCUUCCCUUUGAAGCAAUUUGAGGGUUCGCCAUCAUAUUAAGUACUCAGCGUGACAUUUCUCCACACCACAUACCAUCAGGUUUGUAUCCAAGCCUCUGAGGUUUGAACAGGGUCAGGCAGGCAACGUACAAUAGGCAUCUCUUUGAAAUCAGCGAAAUACGAGAGUAGCGCAUGCAUAUCAUUCUUUAUUCAUGAAGUGAUGACCGCAAGAAACUUUCCAAUUGAUCGCUAUUCCGACAUCGGGUGCGUGUCCGAGGCUCUCAUUGGUUCCAUAGAAGAAGCUUCAUCAUCCAGCAGUGGCAGCAGCGAGUCACUGUUCGAAUCAUCGGUGCAUGCGCGCAUUCGCUUUAAAUUACAACACCAUGAUCCCCCCUCCGCUAUCGCUUCCCGUUUACCGCUUGGAAGACCCGCUUCCUGUGUGGCAGCAGGUGUUAUUCUUUGCCCUCGUAUCAGUGUUUAGCAUCCCUGUUCUCUCUCCGUGACGCUAUGCACGCCCAUCACACACGAGGAAGAAGCCAAAAAAGAAAAGUCAAAGUAAAGACAGAAAUAAAAGCAAAUCAAUGGAUACAGAACCGCGCAUGACGCGAGGUACAUGGUUAUUUUAAUUAAUGCCGGACUUGGAUGGCGGCGGACAUGCCCGCUUAUCUUGCACAUCAUCUUUGCUUUUUCUUUUGUUCUUUUUUUCUUCUUCUUCUUCUUCUUCUUUCUUUCUUAAACUCCUUACGGGCUUGGAAAUCGCGAUAAGGUGUCCAAUGCCAGAUUACCGUGCGAUCGGUAGAAAUCCGUGAGGAUAUCAGUCUACGUACUGGUGGGUAUUGUUGACGAGCCAGGAUUACCUUUUUUUUUUUUCUCUCCAAUCACGAUUUCUCCCUCCCCUACCCCAAUCGUUUAAUUCCCGAAUCUCCAUCCCAGCAGCUCAAAACCAAUUCCGUGUAUCGUGCCGACCCGACCCGAGCUUAUGUCCGUCUACAGGGGAUCCAUCGUAUCGCAUGGCGUCAUGUCACCCAGCGUCAUGCCAUGCCAUGAUAGAUAUGUCGUGUAACGCUACCAAGUCAAACCUGAUAACAAGGAGAAUUAGGCAAAUAAGAAAACCGUAGAAGAAGUGGGCGCCUGCAUGGAUGAAAAACGACAAAUACUGCUGGAGAGACGAGAACAGAGAAGACAAUUUGGUCGUCAUAGAUAAAGAAGAUGCCAGGGUUCCGGGCAUUUUGUACCACCUUCCCUGCUUGCUUUGGGCUCUUAUCCGCGUUCUCGAUCCCUUUGACGCACGCGCACAUGUAUUCGGAUGUUCUUGCAUCUGUCGUGCAUGUGCAUGACAUGUAUACAUGCCAUGAUGCAUGCGCGAUUUUGCCAUGGCCAUUUGUAUAGAUAUGAGUGACUAGCGGGUACGGACAUGCAUGUUAUGUACAUGGCAUGGCGCUCUUCUCCGACCAAUUGAAGGCGAAUGUGCAUGGAAUAAUUGCGGGAGAUUAGCACAGCUCACAAGACACCAGCCGAGUGGCGUACGUAUUAGAUGCAGUCACAGAUCUGAUCCAGAUCCAGAUCAGGUCCAAGCCCGCAUCCCCGCACGUAUCAGCAGUUGCUCAAAACCCGACAUCGCGGAUCCAUUGCCGUGGCACAAAUCUCGAGAAAAGCGCCGUAGACGCUCGAAUCAGAGUCCAUCUUUUCCAUCCCAUCUAUGGUUCGGCUUUUCUGUUUCGUCACGCAGAUCUUCGAAGUGUAGAGCUAAGUCCUGGUCAUCACGGUAAGGCUUACGCCACUUGGGACAUUCUCAUCUUAAUCACUUGUCAUUGGGAACCUGAUCUCCAGAAGAUUCUUCAAUUUCAUCCAUUUCUGUUU